CUUCAGAUAAAUGCCAUGAGAACAUGUUAAAAACACCAAAAACACAAUAUUCUAGGGAGUGAGUCUUUAAUCAGUGUAGAGAUUCUUUAUGGAUGGAUGUUUUUUUUUUCUCAACUUCAACCAUCUAUCAAGGCAACUAACUUGUAUGAACUAAGCUGUUUUUUCUUUUUGGUCAGAGCUUUUUUUUAGUUACUGGCAACAUAACUCCAUCGGCACCAUCUGAAACAUAAAGAAACAAAAUGCCUUUACAUUCCACAAAAAAGUGUUGCUUAUUUUCUUUUCUUCUGUCUGUGGUGACUUAGAUGAGCGUUUCUGGCACAGAUAAGCGCUCAGCCUCCAAAGCCUGGUGCACCUUCCCAUCAACGCUUAAGCGAGGGUCCCUGUGAUAAAACAUCUGUCACUUUUGGUGGUCUGCUUAUCUGGCCGAGCCGCGUCUCUGCUCUCCCACGCGAGCACAAAGCAGCAGCAGCAGACUGAGCAGAUGAGCUUGAUGAUGCUCGCGUGGCUCCAGCCUCCGAGCCGUUCAUAGACCAAGAGACCCUCAAGUGGUGAUAACCAGGAUCUCUUCUUUGUUCUUCACACAGGACUGUGUCUAAAGCACACGCGCUCCGUUUCUCCUUCCGCCCCCACACUUUCCAAAAACUGAUUCCUCUGAGCUGACCCCCCACUCUCUGCUUCCUUCGCUCUCUAAGCUGCAUGUUCGUUGUCCUGAAACACGAUGAACCGCUCAGCCCUAUGGGAAUUUCUCCUCCCAGCUUGCGAGCGUCAGAUACAUCUGUGUCUGUCAGCCAGAGGAGUUCCAGCGGAGCGGCACUGUGGCUGCAGCAGUAACUUGGCUCAGACAUCACAGUGACAUUCUGCUUCACUUUGUCUGAUACAGAGCACACUGAUUCUUGCUAAGCUCACUCUGGGAGGAAAAGUUCUCUUCUGUUCUCUUUCUCUGGCUCCUGAGCGCACCGGUCUUUAAUUUAUGAAUGACUUUAGCAGGAUGUUUUACAGCUGAGGAUACUUUUCCCAUUUGUACAAAUGCUUUGUUUUGGAGCUGUGCAGAGAGGAGAGGGAUGCUGCUCUGAAGAAGAGACGACCUCCUUGUAUCUGCCUUGCCAUUUGAAUACUGUCUCUCCUGCUUCCCAGCUUUUCCUCAGUCAUGCAUGGGUCAAGUCAGCAGGAUGUCUCAUCUGCCACCGUCUCCUCUUCAGCCGUGUUGCUCUCCUUUCCACCAGAAGGCUUCCCAGGCAAAACAAAGGGAUUAACUAUGAAAUUUGCUCUCACCUGGAGAUGCGGCAUUCCCUCAAACGGAAGACUGCGAGAUCUCCUUUAAGUCAGUUGUGACAUUUCUAGACAUGGAAAAUCCAAACAAACUCCAGUUGGCUGGAAGCCAGUAAAAACCAGAAGACCAUGGAAGGAGAAAUUGCGCUAAACUCCACGCUGAACGCCACUACGACAGAUAUCCACCUGGUGACUCACAAUCUGUGGGAGGUGAUCACCAUAGCGACGGUGUCAGCUAUAGUCAGCAUCAUCACCAUUGUUGGGAACAUCCUUGUUAUGCUGUCUUUCAAAGUCAACAGCCAACUGAAGACUGUCAACAAUUAUUACCUGUUAAGUCUGGCAGCUGCUGAUCUCAUCAUAGGAGUUUUCUCCAUGAACCUUUACACCUCCUACAUCCUGAUGGGUUACUGGGCUUUAGGGAGCCUCGCCUGUGACUUAUGGUUGGCGUUGGAUUAUGUGGCGAGUAACGCCUCAGUCAUGAAUCUCCUGGUCAUCAGUUUUGACAGAUAUUUUUCCAUCACCAGGCCUUUGACCUACAGAGCCAAACGGACUCCCAGACGAGCCGCCAUCAUGAUAGGCUUGGCCUGGCUCGUGUCCCUGAUUCUCUGGGCACCACCUAUUCUGUGCUGGCAAUAUUUUGUCGGGAAAAGGACGGUACCUGAAAGACAGUGCCAGAUCCAGUUUUUCUCUGAGCCAGUAAUCACGUUCGGAACAGCGAUCGCUGCCUUUUACAUCCCUGUUUCAGUCAUGACAAUACUGUACUGUCGAAUCUAUAAGGAAACUGAGAAGAGGACAAAAGAUCUGGCGGAGCUUCAGGGAGUUAACUAUCUGGCAGAUAGUGGGGUGACAAAGCCUCAGAAAACUAUCAUCAGAUCCUGUUUUAGCUGUAAGCUACGUUCAACUUCACAUGAAAUGAACCAAGCCUCCUGGUCCUCCUGUAGUAGGAGCACCGCUGCCAAAUCAGCAGCCUCCAACAGCGAUGAGUGGUCCAAAGUGGGUCAGCUCACCACCUUUAACAGUUACGCCUCAUCAGAGGAGGACGACAGGCCUGUGUCUCCGGCAGACUUCCAGACCUCCCUCAGAAAUGCAGAGUGCGAGGACAGUAAGAGCGGGGUUGGGAGCGUGAGCGAGCAGCUCAGUUUCUUCCAGACGCCUCGCAGAAGUACCUCACAGAAGAGCAGCAAGUGCGUGUCUUACAAAUUCAAGCCAAUGGCCCAGGAGCCUCACAUGGAGCACCACAGUAAUAACAGAGACUCCAAAAUGGUGUCAUCAGUCUUCUCCUCCGCUGAAUCCAUGACUGUUCCCUCUACAUCAUCAGCAUCCAAGCCUAUAGACGGCACACUGAAGAACCAGAUCACCAAGAGAAAGAGGCUGGUGCUGAUUAAGGAGAGGAAAGCAGCUCAAACCCUCAGCGCCAUCCUGCUGGCCUUCAUCCUCACAUGGACACCGUACAACAUCAUGGUGCUGAUUUCCACCUUCUGCUCAGACUGUAUCCCCUUAUCCCUGUGGCAUUUAGGCUACUGGCUGUGUUACGUCAACAGCACCGUCAAUCCCAUGUGCUACGCCCUUUGCAACAAGACUUUCCAAAAAACCUUCCGCAUGUUGUUGCUUUGUCAGUGGAAGAAGAAAAGACUUCAGGAGAAGCUCUAUUGGUACGGACAAAACCCUGUGGUUAGCUCCAAGAUGUCAUGACUUAGUCUUUUUAACGUGUGUGAAACAAUCUGUAAAAAAUACAUUUUUAUCAUCG